AUGCUUAAAGAAAAAUUUAAACUUGAAAAUGUUGGAAGAACGGAAAAUGCUGGUGUUUGGAUAAAUGAACAAAAGAAAAUUGGAGCAAUAGGGAUACAAGUUAGGAAUGGAAUUACUUCUCAUGGAUUGGCUUUAAAUUGUGAAACAGACCUUAAAUGGUUUGAUUAUAUAAUUCCAUGUGGUCUAAAAGAUAAAUCAACUACAUCAAUAAGUAACGAAUUAAAUAAACAAAUUAAAGUAAACGAUGUAAUUGAACCUUUAUGUGAAUAUUUUGGAAAAGUUUUUGAAUUGAAAAUUAAUUUAAAUAUUAAUGCUAAUUUUCAUAAUUUUAUAUAG